CCCACCUCCACAUCCCAGACCCAUCUUAACAACAGGCACGUUCUCUUCUUCGUGAUCUUCUUCUUCGUUGGCGGAUGUAUUGCCUUGUCUUUCGGUAUCAUCACUAGCAUUAUCGUCGUUGUUGUUGUGUGCAAUCUUCCAUGCCAAGGGUCGAAACAUGGCAAAAUGUUGAUCCGACGAUUGAUAGCCCGUGGUGGAGCCUACGACCUUUGGCUGCUCCAAGGAGUGGUCCUCUGCCAUACUACACCGGAGCAGAGUCAAAGUCACCCUACCAAGGAACUCCCUUCUGGCUGUUUCUGGCCACUGUAGGAAAUGAAACUCAGCCUCUUCGUCACUCUCCAGUUCCGAGUCAUCACUGUCCAUUUGCAGAUAUCUAUCAUCAAACCCCAUAUACUCUUGAAGGCUAUUCAAGUCGUUCCUGACCAUGACAGUCCUGGCCCGAUCAUGGAUGAAGCCUAUGUAGGUUUGAAAGCCUUGAUCUUGCGCGUCACUGACUUGUCUCAGCGACUCAAAGUUGGAUUGGAACCCUUCCAACAAGACGGUUGUAUCAUUAUUGCUGGGGACCCUGUAGGUGAUUCGCAAAAAGAACUCUACAGGAGGAACUCCAGCAGUGGUUGGGUUGUUGAAGAAGUCUUCAAAAUCCUCGACAUAGUUUUGUCGUGUGUAGCAGGACUGAUGGUUUGGACAGGUCAAGCGUUGUGCCGUCCAAGAAGCCUUUGCGAAUUGAACUCCUCUCUGUCUUGGGGUGGCAGUGUGCAGUGCCGAUUUGGAGUGUCUGAAUAUGUCCAGGCUUUUCCAUUGAUCGAGCCAAGAAGGCCUCUGUCUUGUGCUACAGUUGGAAUACUGUAGAUGGGGUUUGUACAGUCUUCCAGGGAGAGCAGAGAAACUUCAUCUAGAAAGCGCGCAAUUUUCAUGAGUAGUUCAUUGCUGAGCGAGAGUAGAGGGGAUUGAGCAAUGCAGAUAUCUCGUAGUUCCACCCUCGUAGCAGAAAUUCUGUCUUCUAUUACUUGAUUUGACAACCGCUGAAGGUCCAGCAAAGCUUGCAGCCGAUUCUGUGGAGUGGAAGUUCCCAGGGCUGUCAAAGCUAGGGAUAUCGAAUGGCUGACAGAGCCGGAGAAACCUCUGAGCACAUCCUGAUACUGCGGUUCGUCGUCAGUAUUUCCUUGGUUCUCUUGGUGAUCCAUAGCUUCCAUCACGGGACGGUACAGUAUAGUAUUGAGCAGGUUCUAGCCAGCUACUCUCGCGGAAACAACCGGAAAUCUAAAACCACCGAAAACGCUAUUUUCCUUAUUGUUAUCCAUAAUUGUUUAUUCCCAAGUCUCAUUAUUAUUUUUGUAUUCCAAGCCCCCAAAUUUCCGGUGGGAAGACCCACAACUCAUGUAGAAAUGUACUGAGCUCUACAGACGUCCGGUGGUUUCUGCAAGAGUAGCCAGCUACUAAUAGAAGUGAGCAAAAGUCAACACUGUCAAUAGUGGCAUCGAGUUGUGGCAUGUCAUGGUCGUCUUGGAAGGAUUCAAUCACGAGUUUGGUACCGGUACCGGUACCAGUACGGUACGUAUGAGUCACGAGAUCUUUGACACCGUCUCAUUUUUCAAUGCGAAGGAUGAGAUCAACCUCCACGCUACAGCUACUAGUAGCCAGUACCCGUAGCAUUCACAAAUCACAGCGUGUUGACGCCUUUUUGGUUUUUCCCUGGUUCGACCUCUCGUUGUCCUGCUCAUAACGUCCUACACUUGUACAAGUACAGCAGUCUUUCAAUUCAACUCUUGUUACAGAAACUCUGUGACUCUCAACUCUUAUUGACCAUGGCAUCAUCAUCUGAAGAAUCGACGACGAGAAAAGGAUUCUUGGGCAUCGAUAUUGGCACUCAGGGAUUGUCGGCUCUUCUGAUUGACCAUGAUUCGCUGCAAGUGAUUGGAAAAGGAGAAGCCCAGUACGGCAUGGUGGACAACCUGGACAAUGGUUGCUACGAACAGAAUGCGCAGGAUUGGGAAGAUGCCCUGGUGGACUCCAUGAAACAGCUACGAGAACAAGUGCCAGGAAUGGAGGUUUUGGCCAUUGGAAUUGCCGGCCAAAUGCACGGCGAAGUUCUCAUGGACGAACAGGGACACGUGAUAGGGACAGUACGGUUGUGGUGUGAUGCUCGCAAUGAAGAAGAAGGCAUGGAACUCACCAACAAGUUGGGCCGCAAAGUCCCAAAGCGCAUGACAUCGGCUAGAUUUCUAUGGACCAUUCGGAAUAAACCAGAUGUUGCCCGAAAAACUAGACACAUGAACACUCCCGCUGGAUGGAUGGCGUUUCGUCUCAGCAAUCAGCAUUCUUUGGGAAUUGGAGAUGCCAGUGGAAUGUUUCCCGUCAGUCAGAAAAGCAUGAACUACGAUACAGAACUCUUGAACAAAUUCGAUGCUAUUGUACGAGAACAGGACCAAUCCAUUGCUCCUCUGGAAUCCAUUCUUCCAAAAGUACUUGUCGCAGGUGAGACGACUGGACUCUUGACGAGUGAAGCUGCUAAACUGCUGGGAUUGCAUGAAGGAAUUCCCGUGGCUCCAGCAGAAGGAGAUCAACCAGCAGCACUCGCAGGAUCCUUCAUCGGGAGCCCCGGAACUGUCUCGUGCUCGUUUGGGACAUCUGUUUGCGCCAAUUCCGUGGGAGACCGUGAAUUCAAAGGAGUCAGCGAUUCGGUAGAUCACUUUUGCGCAUCUGACGGGAAGCCCAUCAACAUGAUUUGGCUUCGAAAUGGCACUACGUUUCUGAAUUCUGUAGUGUCCAGCUAUGGACAAAUGCUCCAAAACAGCGCAGAAAGUAACGAUGACAUCAAACCUAGCGCAUUUGAUGUCAUCAUGCCGAAACUUGUCAAGGCUCCGCCCAAUUGUGGUGGUCUCUUGGCCCUGCCCUUUAUGGAUGACGAGCCCGGGCUGCAUGUGUCGAGUGGAGGGAGCGCUAUGAUUGUUGGUUGGAAUGAAUCAAAUGCAAAGCCAGAGAAUGUGGCCCGAGCUGCGUUGAUGUCCACCUGCUUCAACCUGAGAAUUGGAAGCGAGGUUUUGGACGAGCAGGGCUACCCUAGGAAACGAAUGGUUCUCACUGGAGGCCUGGCAAAGACUCCAGAGUGUGGCCAGAUCAUUGCGGAUGUGUUCAACACACCGACAGAGUUACAGCUGGAUAGUUCCGAUGAGGGCUCUGGCUUUGGGGCCUGCUUGAUGGCAACAUUUCUGUAUCACAAAACAAAAGCUGAUGCAAAGAUGGAGGGAGAUUGGACCGAUUUCUUGGAAACAAGACGAAAGAAUCGGUCCAAGCUUUUGUAUUAUGACCCGAAUCCAGAGCAUGUCUCCGUAGUGAACGAUAUGUUUCAGCGCUACAAAAAGUUGUUGACCCUUGUGCCUCAGCUCACUGAAGCGGUGAAGAAAUAAAAAUAGAUAUUCGUUGCCCCAUCU